AAAAGCACUUUAGCUUGCAGGAUGCCCCCAAAACCUAUAAGCAGCUCCAAUUGAGACACUGAAAUUAGAGUGGUUCUUCAACUGAGGCGGUACAAGGUUUUAACUCAAGCAGUCAACGAUUAUGGAGGACAUAAAUUCAACUCUUGCUGAAAUUACUGCGUGUAAAUCUCCAAAAGAAGCUACUGAGAAGUUCUCAGCCCUACUCAAAUCUAUUCCACAGACUUCUGACAGCUUAUUGUCCAAUAUAACCACAAUUGUUAACUCAAUUUCCCAGGAUAUGGUAACAGUUAUAACGGCCAGGAAGUUUUGUGAUGAACUUAUAAGCUUCGUGAAUGGAUUAAGCGAUAAUGCCGUAGCAAUUAGUGCAUUUCAAAUUCUACUUCCUCGACUUCAAUUAAGAAACAUUGCAUUUGAAUCUCAAUUGGUUGAAUUGCGUGAUUCACUUGCAAAACGGUUGGAGGCCGUAGGGAAUCUCCGUGAAGCAGCAAGUGUAUUAUCAGAUAUUCCUUUAGAAAGUGGACAACGGGUCUACGGAGCAAAUUACAAGUUGGACGUCUAUUUGAGAAUAGCCGAGUAUUAUCUAAAAUUGCAUGAAACUCAAGAAGCUGAGGCCUCCGUUAAUCGUGCAUCUUUACUACAGCCAGAGUGUCAGGAUCAACAGCUAUUGGUUCGUUAUAAGAUAGCCUAUGCACAAUUACUAGAUUUAAAACAAAAAUUUCUCGAGGCUGGUCAACGAUACGCUGAAUUGUCUGUACGAUUCCCUUGGUUAGAUGAUUCACAGAGAUUGUCUUUUUUGGAGCGUGCAUUAGCAGCAGCACUUCUGUCUGCAGCAGGUCAACAAAGAGCUAGACUAUUAGCUACCUUAUAUAAAGAUGAACGAUGUCAAGCAUUUGAUGCUUUUCCAGUUUUAGAAAAAAUGUUUAUGGGACGUUUAAUCAAUCGUUCAUCAUUAUCUGCUUUGGAACCAUUACUUACUAAAUAUUAUCCUCAUUUGUUGAAAUCUGCUUCAGACAGUGACACAGGAAAUAGUAGUAAUGUUCAAGAUGCCUCAUCGAUACAAUCUUUAUCAUCAUCAUCAUCAUCAUCUUAUUCUUCUGUACAAAUGCUUCUUGAACGUGCUUUAAUUGAACACAAUAUGUUAGCCGCUGGACUAAUUUAUAAUAAUAUCACUUUAGACAAUUUGGGUCUUCUUUUAGAGAUAUCCACAACUGAGGCGGAAUCAAUAGCUGCUCAAAUGAUUACUGAAGGAAGAUUAAAUGCAAAACUUGAUCAAAUUGAUGGUGUUAUUCACUUUGAAAAUCGAGAUCCUGCUGUUUCAACUUGGAGCAUGCACAUACAAACUCUUUGUGCAGCAGUUAAUCGUAUUGUCGAAGAUAUUGAAGCUGCACAUCCAAUGUGGGUCCGUACACACUUAAAUUCUAGAAUGACUGUAGACCCAUCAGUGUGAAAUGAACAAUCAUCCUGCUGAUACUUUUCACGCAAAAAUAUGAUUAACUUUCAUUUAUUUUUAAAACAUGUUAACUGCGUUGAUGCCUUAA